AAAGAAUGCAAAAUGAUAAGAAAAGGAAAAAGAAAAAGAAAAAAAAGCCUAAAAGCAGGAAGUCCUCCACAUGGCCUAGCUGGAUAAACCCAACAUCAUGUUUCUUUGUAGUAGCAGUUACUUUCUGAGAGAAGAAGGUCAUUCAGUCUUUCUUCUCACUCCUCAUUUAUUUAAUAUUAAUAAAUAUUGGAACUUUCCAUCUUUGCACUGACAUUUUCUUUCUUUGAUUCACACACACUCACACACACAAUUUAUUCCAGAAUUUAUAAUGCUCGAAGUCCCAACAGUAAAAAUGGUUUUUUUUUGUUUUUGUUUAUUUGGUUCCCAACCAAAAGAGAAAUUCUUUAGAAUUAGAACCCAUUUUGGCUCUUGACUCUAGGGGGGAAAAUGAGUAACUUUUAAGAAAGGAGCACAUGCGAAAUGAUGAGUAGCUGAAGCCUGAAGGUUUUUUUUCUCUCUAUGUGUGUGUGUGCUUCAAACGUGCUGUUACUCCAUUAAUGAUGACCCUUAUUCCGUUUCCCAAGCUAAUGACCUUUUUAAUGCAUUAUAAUAUCUAUGUUAAUUAGGUCCCUUGUGUGGUCAUUGUACUUCACUCUAGUUAUAAGAAGGUUUUGGAUACAAAGGGCUGGAAUUUGGAAUCUUCUGGUGGUUGGAGUGGGCACUCUUUGACAGUGGGCUGUGUCAGAGCAAAUGGGUUGUUUAUAAUAACAUUGGAAUUGAGAAGGGUUGACCUAAAGCUUGUGUUUUUUUUCCUGGGUUGGAAAUUAUAAUUUAUCAAUUUUGGGAUUUUCUUGAGUUUCAGGACGGAGAUUGUGGGUUCAGUUUCUUGUUGGGUUUAUUGUUUUGGAGUGGGGUUCGUUGAGUUUUGUUGGACAGAUUAGGUAAUUUCAUUUGGGGUACGCUUUCGCCUGUGGGGUUUCGGCAAUUUUCAGUCCUCGCUCAUAAGGAAGGUGCAUUUGAUAUUUACUGUUGGCUCUCAGGGAAUUGAGCUUAGUUUCCAAAAAUAGGUGGUUCUGGAUUGAAAUUAGAAGUGCACUGAGAUCGGGAAAUGCAUAGGUGAAAGUCGGUGCAGAUUUUGAUAGGGAAAGAAAUGAGUUCAAUUUAGGUUUUAGUUCUGUAAUCAGGUCUAAUUAUAGUUCCUGAAGCUUGUGCUGCCAGUUCUGUUCUUUUCUUAGUGUUUUCCAGAAAUGGCUUGUAUGAAGCUGGGAUCCAAAAGCGAUGCUUUCCAGAGGCAAGGCCAGGCUUGGUAUGGUUUCCCAUUCUCUAUUUCCCUGUCCAGUUUUUUAUCUGAAAUGUUUCGUAUGUUGGCUGUCUGCCUUGCAUAUUGCUCUCUGUAUGUGUGUUUUUGCCUGAGAAGUUCGUUUCUUCUUGAUCUGGGACACCAGUGUAACUAUGCAUAAAUUUACAUGCGAUCUCCGAUCUUAUUAAAGGCUUCUUGUAUUUCUUUAUCCCAACUUUUUUUUUAGGUUAUGCAAGCCAAAAAUUGGAUUCUAUUGAGGUCUUGACUUGGUUGUUCCCUUUGGAGGGCAGUUCAAGCCAGUAAUUUCUGACUGUUUGUGCUGUAUUUCUUAUUUCAUUGUCAAAAUUGUGAUUUUUUUUUUUUUAUCGUCAAUGCUGUAAAGUGGUAUUGAAUGUUACCUGGACAAUAUAAGGUGAUAAAGUACAUCCAUGCUUUCUUCACUAUCUUGAAAGGGUGACAAACUGUUUUGAACUAUGUGAAUUUUUUUGAAGCCAAAUGAGCUUAGGUACAUUUGUGUUGCUUGUACUUUAGACUUAAGUUUCAAUUCUUCAUUAUUUUCUGCUGCCAAAUUUCAAGAAGUAGGAUUGUUCUUAGAAGUUGGGACUAGAUGUGCACUUACAAAUUGUGGUCAUUUCCUGUCUUAUCAGGUUCUGCACAACUGGUUUACCUAGUGAUAUAGUUGUUGAAGUUGGGGAAAUGUCAUUCCAUCUCCAUAAGGUAAGCAAAUGGUCUGCUUCAUUGCUUAGUCUGUUUUGUUGUUGGUCAAGUUGUGCAUCAAAUUUCUGGAAUUCGAAUGAUGUCGUUUUCCUUGGAUGCUUCAUGCACUUGAAGAGUGCAUGACUAGUUCUACCAUUACAUAAUCCUUUUGCCUUGUUGAGAACAUGCUUCACCUCUAUUUCUUCAAGGAUGAAGGAUGACAUGGUAUUUACAACACAGCAAUAUGUUUCAUUAACUUUGUAGGGUUUAGAAUAAGUUAUUGGAGUGAUGUCUACAACGUAGAAAUGUCUCCCAAUAGAAGCUUGUAGAGUUAAUCUGUUUGUAGGUAUUUAGUAGUUUCAUUUGUGCUUUGGGUUUAGCUACUUUCAACACCUGCUUCCUUUGAUGAUUUCUGUUAAAAUGUGCAAAGAAACACAACAUUUGAUUGGUUGGGUUCAUCUUGAAGUUUACUUAUUGCUCAUCAGAUGUUAGCCGUUAACUUCCCUUUCGUAUUGUGUUUUCCGAGAGCAACACAACCAGACUGAAAACAUUGGUUAUAAAACCAAAGAAUGUUGUUACGAAACACCAAUCUUGCAUACAUGUCAUUUAAUUUUACAAAUUCUCUUCCUUCUUCUUUUAGUAUUAGUUUGUAUUUACUCAAUGAAGGACCUUUCUUUGAUAAAGAAAUAUGCCUUUAUCAUUGGUCAUAAAGAAAUUUAGUUGAAGCUCUUUGUAUUUGCACUUGUUGCAUCUUCUGCUGCAGUUCCCAUUGCUUUCAAGAAGUGGGGUUAUAGAAAGACUGAUUGCUGAAGCAUCUGAUGAAGGAGAAGGAGAUCGUACAAUUAAACUGCCGGAUAUUCCUGGUGGGGCUAAAACAUUUGAGCUGGUUGCAAAAUUUUGCUAUGGAGUAAAGCUUGAAUUGACUGCAUCCAAUGUUGUAUAUCUUCGAUGUGCUGCUGAGUACCUUGAAAUGACAGAAGAAUAUGGAGAGGGCAACCUCAUUUCACUGUCGGAAAUGUUUCUUAAUCAAGUUGUUCUGAAAACCUGGAAAGACUCCUUGAGAGCCCUCCAGACCUGUGAUGAUGUUCUCCCGUAUGCUGAAGAACUCCAUAUCACAAAAAGAUGCAUAGAAUCACUUGCUGCAAAAGCAUCAACUGACCCCAAUCUUUUCGGUUGGCCAAUCAUGGAGCAUGGUGGUCCAAUGCAGAGUCCUGGUGGCAGUGUCUUGUGGAAUGGAAUCAGUACUGGGGCUAGGCCAAAACACACUAGUUCAGAUUGGUGGUACGAAGAUGUAUCAACUCUCAGUUUACCUCUUUACAAACGGUUGGUUUCUGCCAUGGAAUCUCGGGGUAUCAAACAAGAUGUUCUCUCUGGUUCCUUAAGUUCCUAUGCUAAAAGAUAUCUGCCUGGGCUGAACCGGCGCCAGAGUUCUAGUGAGUCUAGUACCCGUCUUGCAUCUGGAGGUUUGGGAUCUUCUCUUACUGAAGAUGAGCAGAAGCUUUUACUUGAAGAUGUUGAUAGCUUAUUGCCAAUGCAAAAAGGCCUCGUGUCAACUAAAUUCCUUUUUGGGCUGCUUCGAACCGCCAAGAUUCUUCAUGCAAGCCCCUCUUGUAUAUCAAACCUGGAGAAAAGAAUAGGGAUGCAGCUUGAUCAGGCAUCUCUUGAGGAUCUCUUAAUGCCCAACUUUACUCAUUCGAUGGAGACUUUGUAUGAUGUUGAUUGUGUGCAAAGAAUACUUGAGCAUUUCUUGGCAAUGGAUCAAGUUACUGGGGGUGCAUCACCUGGUUCUGUUGAUGAUGGUCAAUUGAUGGGAUCGCCCUCACUGACACCAAUUACUAUGGUUGCUAAGCUGAUUGAUGGUUUCCUCGCUGAGGUUGCCCCAGAUGUCAACCUGAAGCUACCCAAGUUUCAGUCACUUGCAGCUGCUGUUCCUGAGUAUGCCAGACCCCUUGAUGAUGGCCUUUAUCGUGCAAUUGACAUUUAUUUAAAGUCGCAUCCAUGGUUGGCUGAGUCUGAUAGAGAACAACUCUGUAGGCUGAUGGACUGCCAGAAACUCUCCUUGGAAGCUUGUACCCAUGCUGCUCAGAAUGAGCGACUUCCAUUACGAAUCAUAGUCCAGGUUCUUUUCUUCGAGCAGCUACAAUUAAGGACCUCAAUCGCUGGAUGUUUUCUGGUCUCAGAUAACCUUGAUGGUGGAUCAAGACAAUUCCGAAGUGGUAUGGUGGGACAGAAUGAAGGAGGUUGGGCAACAGCUGUCAGGGAAAAUCAAGUAUUAAAAGUGGGAAUGGACAACAUGAGGAUGCGGGUUUCCGAGCUUGAGAAGGAAUGUUCAAGCAUGAGGCAGGAAAUUGAGAAAUUAGGACGUGGCAAGGGAUCUAGCACCUGGGGUAACGUGUCAAAGAAGUUUGGAUUUAGAAUGAAGUCUCAAAUGUGUAGUGCUCAGGAAGGGUCUGUGAGUAAUCAGAACAGCAGCAACGGCAAAUCUGAGAAGGUUAAAGACAGACAUGGAAAGCAUAAGAAAACCUUGUCGAUCGAUGAGUAAAACGCUCUUAUACAACUCCGUUGGUUCUUUUGUAAGUUGGUUUGCAACAUUAUGACGUUCAAUCUGAGGAUUUGGAAAUAUUCGUUCAUGCAGCAUCUAAUUUGGUUAGACUGUUAUUGAUUGUAACAAUUGCCUUUGUUUAUCCUUUGUAACAUAGAUAAGUUUUGUGCAUUUUGUAAUACAACUCCGGGUUCCCUCCAAAAUCUCCAUCACCCUCUUCCGUUAACUGUUUGUCUCCAAUUUCAGAGGACAGUUUCAAUUGUGUUUCUGCUGUGUGUAAUCAUGAAAUGUAUUUUACCAGCAGCGUUACUGUGAAAGUUGUGCCUGAUACUUGAU